AUGUUUUCGGCGACAGAGAGAGGCUUGGCGCUGAUUUUAUUUGCCAGUGCAGCAUUCUGUGAUCUGGGGAUGAAUGCCGGCUGGAGAUUGGUUGUGGGUCUCCUAGCUGCUGUAUCUGGUGUCCUUCUUAUCACCUGCUGUCUACUCGUCCCAGAAACCUAUAUGCCUAUUUUUCUUCAUAAGAGGGAUGGAAGGCUUCCAAAAAUCUCCAGCAAAGUAUACAGAAGUGAGUUUGAGGUUCAUCAAGACAAGAUAAAUGCAAAAAACGCAUUCAAAACCGCAUUGUGUCGGCCAUUUAUUUUGCUGCUGUGUGAGCCGAUUGUGUUGCUUUUAUCCAUUUUUAUCGCCAUUGACUACGGACUAUUAUACAUGAUAUCAUUUUCCAAGAUCAGCGUCACUGCAACCAGGGAUUGUCCGGCGUGGCAUUACUGGGAUUUUAGUUGGUGUGACUGUGCGCUCGCCUUCACCAUCUUUGACAAUAAACGUUAUACCAAGAUACAGGAGAAGCACAAUGGCUUUGCACCACCAGAGGCGAGACUUUUACCGUGCCUAAUUGGCGCUAUAGCACUGCCUAUCAGUCUUUUUGUUUUUGCCUGGACCACCUUUCAAUCUAUUCAUUGGAUCGUCGGUAUAAUUGCCAUAGCCCCCUUUGGUUUUGGGAUAGUCAUCCUAUACCUGUCAAUCACCAAUUUUUUGGUUGAUUCAUGCAAAAUAUUCGCAGCUUCUGCACUGGCAGCCAAUUCAAUCCUUCGAUCACUUAUCGGCGCAGCCUUUCCAUUGUUCACCGUCACCAUGUACGACAACCUCGGAGUUCAUUGGGCAUCUAGCAUACCAGCUUUUCUAGCACUGGCUUGCGUUCCAUUUCCAUUUCUAAACUCCAAGUACGGUCAGAGUAUCCGGAAAAAAUGCAGAUAUGCAGCCGACUCAGAAGCAUUGAUACCAAAGUUGUCAGAGCAGCCACCGCUACAAUUUUCCACAACAACGACAGUAUUUAAAUGGUCACUAUGUCAAGAAUAA